ACCAAUCAAUAUGGCAGCCUCCACUACCUUCACUGAACUUUUCGGGUGCCGUUAGUGUGAUGGUAUAAGAUUAACCAGUGUUUUUUGUCGCUUGCAUCAGCGUACCGUGUUUCCGAAAUGCCAAAAACCGAAGGCAGCGUACCCUCGUCCCUGCAGUCAAAAUAUCUUCAGAAGUUUGACGGCCUAACGCUGUCCAAAUCCGGGUCAGACGACUCCGAUGACGAUGAUGGCGAGCCUCGUAGGAUCACGUUUUUCAUUGACAGCAAACCACGGGUCGAGCCGGAGGCGGAAGAAGCACCACACAAAACAAGACAGAAGGUCAAGCUGGCAUCUGAGCUCAACCCAGGCAUCAACCUUGCUGACACAUACGUGGCAGCUCGUGAUGCUGCAUCUAAGUCGGCUCAGAAAGUCAGGGAACUAAUGCUUGAGUCAUCUGCUGACAGUCUGCUGAAGGGAAGCGUACUCACUCCUGGCUUUGAGAAGAAGGAUUGUGUACCUCCAUAUUCGGAGUCCAUGAGGCAAAUCAAACUACGUCGCAAGGAGGAACGCAGCAAAACAAAAGGCCCGGGUUGGUUUGGCUUGCCUGCUCCUGAAAUGACUGAUGAACUGAAGCAUGACCUGGAGGUUCUUCGCAUGAGACAUGUGCUUGACCCGAAGCGCUUCUACAAGAAAAAUGACCUGAAGGACUUGCCCAAGUAUUUCCAGGUGGGGACGGUGAUGGACUCACCAGCCGAUUUCUACCAUGCAAGGGUGCCCAAGAAGGACCGCAAGCUAACUAUGGUUGAAGAAUUGCUGGCUGAUGCAGAGUUCAGACGAUUCAACAAGAAGAAAUAUGGUGAGGCCAUGGCCCGGCAGCAGCGAUCAGUUUCAAAGAAGGCCUUGAAGCAUAUGAAGCGGCUGAAAAAGCGAAAGAAAUAAAACCUUAUGUAAGAACUCUU